AGGGGAGGAUUUUUUUUUUUAAAAAAAAGGAAAGAAAGGAAAAGGGAAGCCUCCCCAUGGACUUGUUUCACAAAGCAAGGCAACCUUCGAAGGGGAAGACGUUGACCAGUGGGUUUUUUUUAGAAGAAUUCUCAUGCCUGGAAUAAUCUAGCACACGUUUGUUUAUUUUUUCUUUUAAACUUGGUUAAGAGUUGGUAAAAAAAGUCCUUCCUUUUCUUCAGGCAGCUGAAACCCUUCCAGGAGGCUCUGCUUUGCUCAACUUGUCUUCGGUCUCUGUGUAACAGCCUCCUGCAUGUUUUGGUGCUGCUCAGAUUCUAUGUGGUCUCUAUGGCCUCAUUUUACGGGACUGUCACACCGAGGGAGGCUUUCCCCAGCACCAGAAAAAAACCUUGGUGUGGUCUCUUCAGCACAGUAGCUAAGAACAAGUUCCCCGAUUGCUCCCAGGUUCUCCCGGGAACUCUUUUCAGGAAGUGGCUGUUCCUCCCCCACACUUAAAUGGAUGAUUGUGUUACAAUUAAGAAAAAGCAUCUUCAGAGACCUAUCUUUAGACUAAGAUGUUUGGUGAAGCAGCUGGAGAAAGGUGAUGUGAACGUGGUUGAACUGAAGAAGAACAUUGAAUAUGCAGCAUCUGUUCUGGAGGCAGUAUACAUUGAUGAAACCAGGAGGUUGUUGGAUACGGAGGAUGAACUAUCAGAUAUCCAAUCAGAUUCCGUUCCACUGGAAGUACGAGAUUGGUUAGCAUCUACCUUUACGAGGAAAAUGGGAAUGACCAAAAGGAGACCAGAGGAGAAACCAAAAUUUCGAAGCAUCGUGCAUGCUGUACAAGCUGGGAUCUUUGUGGAAAGAAUGUAUCGAAGAACGUCUAGCAUGAUUGGCUUGGCUUAUCCAGCUGAAGUAAUAGCAACCUUUAAGGAUGUUGACAAAUGGUCAUUUAAUAUAUUUUCCUUAAACGAAGCAAGCGGAGGCCACAGUCUGAAAUUUAUGAUGCAUGAAUUGUUCACCAGAUAUGAUUUAUUGAGCCGUUUCAAGAUUCCUGUUCCAUGUCUCAUUUCAUUUGGAGAAGCUUUGGAAAUUGGCUACAGCAAGUAUAAAAAUCCUUACCACAACUUGAUCCAUGCAGCUGAUGUUACCCACACUGUACAUUGCAUCAUGCUUCUGACUGGGAUCAUGCACUGGCUCACUGAACUGGAAAUAUUAGCCAUGAUUUUUGCAGCUGCAGUUCAUGACUAUGAGCAUACUGGGACUACAAACAAUUUCCACAUUCAGACCAGGUCAGAUGUUGCUAUUCUGUACAAUGAUCGCUCUGUUCUUGAAAACCACCAUGUUAGUGCUGCUUAUAAGAUUAUGCAGGACGAGGAAAUGAAUAUUCUGGUGAAUCUAACAAAAGAUGAAUGGAGGGAUCUGCGCAACCUGGUUGUUGAGAUGGUUUUAUCUACUGAUAUGUCUGGACAUUUCCAGCAAAUCAAAACAAUGAGGCACACUCUUCAGCAAACAGAAGGGAUAGACAAAGCCCGAGCCAUGUCCUUGAUGCUCCAUGCUGCUGACAUCAGCCAUCCAUCAAAAUUGUGGGUUCUGCACUACCGAUGGACAAAGGCCCUGAUGGAAGAAUUUUUUCGACAGGGAGACAAAGAGGCAGAGCUGGGGCUACCAUUCUCUCCUCUCUGUGACCGGAAAUCCACCAUGGUGGCACAGUCCCAAAUAGGUAAGGGCUGGUUUCUUUUAAAAAAAUCUUACAAUGAAAGGAAGAAAUGCUCGACAGAAUAGGAUUGGCUUUGUUAGGCAGUUCAGCCUCCAACUAUAUUUUUCAAUAUGCAUUAUUCAUGGAGAAUAGAAUCACUGGAAAAAUUAGGUAGAGGAUUCAAAGGUUUUUAACUACUGUUUUGGGAUCCCAGCAUGUUUUCUCAAUUCUUGACACCACUGCUGGUGUAGAUGAGGAAGGGGCUUCACAGCGUACCUUUCUAUAUUGAGUUCAGUUUUUUGCUUGUUAGGUUCUUAGUGGAACAUAUUUAGUGCUUUGACAAGUGUUUUCUUUUAAACAAAAUGAAGACCAGACAAGAAGUACAAGUGCAUUGUUCAGUACUGCCAUCUCAGAGCUGUGGGCUGAAUUCUGUCUCCAAGGGUUAUUUCUUGUUUCGUUCACUAAUCUGACAGAACAUUGCCAACAUGUUGUCAAAUCACACCAGCAACACAUAAUAAAGAGUCAUUUCAAGUACAAACCCAAUCACAUAAAGGUUCAGAUGCUCAAGUCGAAAUUAUCUGAAUUCAUUUCAGUCAUUUCAGUUUCAGCUUAGAAUCAGCCUGAAGGCACUUACUGAUUUUGGUGGCAACAGGAUAGGACUAAUGUGCCCCUUCUAAUGUUGCUUAAUCUCUCAAUGGUUUUCAGGACAAUCAGUCAAACUUCUGAUCCAUCUCCCAUAAUUUAGGUGGGAGAGGAGAUUAUAUUGCAAUGGUUCUCCUCCUUCUUGAAGAGAUAGAUUUAGUUUUUUU